AUGGAGGUCGAAACGAAACAUUCGAGGGGAGGACUUCUUAAAUUGUUUGAUUGGAAUGGUAAAUCUCAAAAGAAAUUGUUCUCAAACAAUGCUGUAAUCUCAGGAGAAUCAAAGAGAGGAAAACCAGUGGAAAAUCUACUGAAGUCGCCGCCUUGUAAUAUGGAUGGGGAUGGCUACAAUGGCGCUUCAAGUAAUGCAUGCUGUGCUGAUUUUAGUUCUGCUUCCUCGGUGACUAGUUGUGAAGGAUGUGGUCCAUGUGGAUCUAGAGCACCUGGACUUGUUGCUAGGCUCAUGGGGUUGCACUCAUUGCCUACACCGAAUGUCUCCGAGCUGUCUUCUACCACAAGUUCGGGGUCUCGCAGCUAUCAAUGUAUGGACCACACCGGCAUCUCUAACAAGCUUGAUAGUUCGUCUUCAAAUCCCAUUGAUCCAAGGCUUCAUAAGGUGCAGAACCGACCAAUUGAGCGAUUUCAGACUGAAAUAUUGCCUCCGAAGUCAGCAAAACCAAUUCCAAUAACUCACCAUAAGCUCUCGUCUCCUGUCAAGAGUCCGGGGUUCAUCUCAAACAAGAAUGCAGCUUAUAUAAUGGAGGCAGCUGCAAAGAUUAUCGAGGUUGGUCCUCGGACAACUUCCGAACAUAAAGUGCCGUUGUUCAGGCCUUCUUCAAUCCCUUUGAAAAUCCGGGAUUUGAAAGAGAAAAUUGAAGCUGCACAUAAGGUAUCCAGACGUCAAAGAUCUGACCAGCCUAGUCAGAGCGUAGCAAAGUCUUUGAAAGAACAACAUAAGGGCAAGAGCCACAAUAAAUUGGAUUUGGAAAAAGGUAGUUCUAACAGUUUGAGGAACAAGGGGAAACCGAUCUCACUUGCAGAAAAAGGAAGGGUUAAUGUUAGGAGGAAAGAGGGGCCGUUUUCUAGUGGUAAUGGGAGUCCUGCAAAUCCAAAGGAAGGGAAUGAUGCUAAAGGAAAACAUUCUUCAAGGAGACAGGCAGAUGUGCGAAAGAAUGUUGAGAACGGAACUUCUGCGAAUAGGACUAACAAUGUCCUGAGGCAGAAUAAUCAGAAGCAGAACUGCAUAUCUAAUAGAGACAAUUCGACAUCAAAGACUUCGACUCUGGACCAGCAAGGUAGAAAGGCUAGGUCCAUAAACGGUGCAGUUGGGUUGAAUAGGACUAAGUAA